CGACGUCGCCCUUCCCAUCUCUCGUUCCGGCCCAAGCCCAACAGUUAACCACCGACCUCGUCCACGCAGAAGAGGGCAACAUCACACGGCCCGAAGCGCAGGACCAUGGCUUCCUUCGCCAAGAAACGGAGGAUCGAGGCGAAGAAAGGGAAUGUGCCAUCACUUGCUGUAAAAGAUAAUGCUGCAGCUUCUUCAACUGGUUCCCCUAUACAGAUCCCAACAGCACCAGCCAGAGUGCAAUUGCAAAUUCAGCAGGCCAAGAAAUUUGCAGUUACACAGGCACAACAAGAAGGAUGCCUUGGAAAUUAUAGAAGUUUUGAUUCACCAUUUGGGAACUAUCUUGUUCCUGUAAUCCCCACUCGUGCUGACUUAUUUGGGUUCCACGCUCGUGAGAAUAACUGGACCAGCCUGCCUCGGUCAUGAUUGCGUGGUUCUAAGACAGCAAUGCAUUUGGCCACCCCCAGAUUUAGCUGCAACUUUAAGGUAUAAGCAUCUUCCACUAUAUCUUUUUGUUCUAUUGAUUUCAGUCCCAGUAACUGAAACGAUUCAACACAUCGCAUAUGUCGCUUUAUUUAUGCUUCCUAGUACUUUGGGCCCAUUCAGGCUCUCGGCAUAACGUUUACAGAACGAGGUUUUUGAUAUGUCCUGAGACCGUAGAACGGACUUAAAGCAGGUAGGAACUGCUGAAGGUUCCAUUUGAUU